CAGAUAAGGAUCAUAACUAGAUAUGGCGGACAGAAAGUCAGAACGUCAGGUGGGAAUCAUAGGAAGUGGGUUAAUUGGGCAUAGCUUUGCUAUGCUUUAUGCUGCAGCUGGAUAUCGAGUGCGCAUGUACGAUAUAAAACCAGAACAGGUCCAGCAUGCGUUAUCCAUCAUUGACGACCAACUUGAGCAUCUAUCUCAAAAUGAAUUGUUACGAGGAAAACUCACAAUCAAAGAGCAAAGGGCACUGAUCACCGGAACUAACGACUUUGCCGAGUGUGUCAAGGACGCCUUCUUUAUACAAGUAUAUAUAUACGCGACAAAUCCUCCAUUCUAUACCCCUUUGAUGGAGGUGAUUCCAGCCCCUUGGACAGAUCCAGAGGUCGUAGUGACAACCAAGGAACUGAUGACAGAGAUUGGACAGGUUCCCGUCAUUGUGAAAAAGGAGAUUGACGGAUUUGUCCUCAAUAGGAUUCAGUAUUCAAUCAUUGGAGAAUGCUGGAGACUCUAUGAGGAGGGGGUAAUGAGCGCAGAGGACAUUGAUAAGGUGAUGUCAGAGGGACUAGGACGGAGGUACGCGGGUCCCCUAGAAAUAACCUACCUUAACGCCGACGGACUGCUCAUUUUUGGGGAUCUAUACCGUGAGACGCUAUACAGAGUUCAGUGCUCGUUUGGGCACCCAAAGAAAAUGGAGGUCCCCACGCUCGAAAAAAUACACAACGAAAUCGCAGCUAGAAUCCCGCUAGAUAAGCUCCACGAGAGAAGAAAAUGGCGUGAUAUUCGUCUUGCAUCACUUCAGAAGUUAAAAAAUGAACUAGAUGAAUCGCAUCCAAAAUAA